AUGGCAUCAAAUAACAGUUUGCCGCCGAAAGAAAAUGCUCUUUUCAAACGAAUUUUGAAAUGUUACGAGCAAAAACAGUACAAAAAUGGCUUGAAAUUUGCCAAACAGAUCUUGUCAAAUCCAAAGUUUUCAGAGCAUGGAGAAACUCUGGCAAUGAAAGGAUUAACAUUAAGUUGCCUUGGUAAGAAGGAUGAAGCUUAUGAAUUUGUAAGAAGAGGUCUCAGAAACAGUCUUAAGUCUCAUGUCUGUUGGCAUGCUUAUGGCUUGCUGCAAAGAGCUGAUAGAAAAUAUGAUGAGGCAAUUAAAUGUUAUAGAAAUGCUCUGAAAUGGGAUAAAGACAACCUCCAAAUAUUAAGAGAUUUGUCCUUACUCCAGAUACAAAUGAGAGAUUUAGAGGGAUACAAAGAAACAAGGUACCAGUUAUUAGUGUUGAGACCGGGUCAGAAAGUUUCGUGGAUUGGGUAUGCAAUGGCCUUCCAUCUCCUCAAAGAUUACGACAUGGCUCUUGAAAUUCUUGAAGAGUUCAGGAAAACUCAAAAUGCAAAACCAUUCGAUUAUGAGCAUAGCGAGAUGCUGUUGUAUCAAAAUUCUGUGAUGAUCGAGGCAGGACAGUACAAACAAGCCCUUCAACAUAUAUCUCAAUAUGCUUCACAAACUGUCGACAAACUCUGGGUCCAGGAAACUAAAGCUGAUCUCUUCUUGAAACUGGGAAAUUAUACAGAAUCUGAACUGCUCUACAAGGAUCUGUUGGAGAGAAAUCCAGAAAAUGUCGCCUACUACAAAGGAUUGGAAGGGUCCAGACAGCCUGCAACAUUGGAUGAACGUGUUCAGAUAUACAGGUCAUCAGUUGAAAGGUUCCCAAAGGCACUUACCCCUAAGAAGAUGUUGCUGGAACUUCUGCAAGGAGAGGAUUUCAAAUCAGAGGUAGACAAAUUCCUAACAACCUGCCUAAGGAAAGGUGUCCCUCCACUCUUCAAGAAUAUGAGAUUUAUCUACACUAAUCAUGAGAAAGUGAAAUGUAUAGAAUCCUUGAUGGUUGGUUAUGUCUGUUCGUUAAAAGAACACAAACUCUUCCAUCCAGAUGAUCAAGAAGAUAUGGAAUGUCCUACAUCAUUACUCUGGUGUUUUUACUAUCUUGGUCAACACUAUGACCAUCUUAACCAACAUGAGCUAGCGCUAAAAUACAUUGACGAGGCCCUCGAACAUACAAUGACCCUCAUUGAGUUGUACCUUGUCAAAGCUAAGAUAUACAAACAUGCUGGCGACAUAAUGAAUGCAGUGAAGUGCUUGGAUGAGGCACAGAGUCUGGACACAGCAGACAGGUACGUGAACUCAAAGUGCACCAAGUACAUGUUGAGGGCAGGCCUCCUCAAGGAAGCUCAGGAUAUGUGCUCAAAGUUCACCAGGGAAGGCAUCAGUGCCAUGGAGAACCUGCACGAGAUGCAGUGCAUGUGGUUUGAGAUUGAAUGCGCUCUUUACUACAAGCACAAGUGUCAGUUUGGUGAAGCGCUGAAAAAGUGUCAUGAGAUUGACAGGCAUUUUUCAGAAAUAAUUGAAGACCAGUUUGAUUUCCACACUUACUGCAUGCGCAAGAUGACUUUGAGAUCUUAUGUUCAACUGCUACGCCUCGAAGAUCAACUCAGAUCACACAAGUUCUAUUUCAAGGCAGCCUAUAUUGCUAUUGAGAUCUACCUCCAUCUGCAUGAUCAUCCCCUUUCUGAUGUGGAUGCAAAUGAGACAAACCACGUUGAUAAUUUGACGCCUGCUGAAAGAAAGAAGCUAAAAAACAAGCAGAGGAAGAAGGAGAUGCAGGCAGCUAAGAAGGAGAAGCAGGAACAGCAACAGAAACAGCAGCAACUGCAGCAGCAACAAAAUGCCAAGCUGAAAAAUGAUGAAAUCGAUGGACCCAAGGAAGAAGAAUUGAAACCUGACAAACUUGCCAGACCAGAGAAUGCUCUUGAGGAAGCCACAAAGUUUUUGAAGCCUCUGCAGAUUUUCACACCAAACAACAUACAGACACAGAUAUUGGCCUUCAGAGUUUAUCAGAAAAAAGGUAAGUAUUUGCUGAUGUUGCAGGCAGUGAAAAGAGGAUGGAAGAUAAAUAGAAACAAUCCUCAAAUACAUGAAUGUGUUAUACAAUUUCUUCACGCUGUGUCCCAGGAAGCAAGCAGUCUACCGGAGCAGGUCAGACAGGUAUUAAAAGUAGAAAGCGAAAAAACAUUUGGAAAGUUAUCAGCCAAUGAGCUGAAUGAAAAUUUCAUCAGAGCUAACAGCAACUCAUUGUCUCACUUAUUAGCUGGUUCAAAGAUGAGAUGCUUCUUGAACCCCGAUAAGAAAGAAGACAGUUUGAAUCACCUGCUGUCAAAUCAUGUGCCUGGAAAUGAGAAAUGUACUGUAGAGGAAUGCCAAGCAGUGUUUGCAAGCUUGAGUCUUGGAGAUUUUGGCAACUGUGAAAAUGAGACCAAGCAAUACAUGGAGAAAUGUCACAAAGUAUACAUCCACGCCAAGGCAUUCUACAGUUGCAACAACAACCCAGCUGAGAGAUCAGUGCUCACUGCUACAACUGAUGUCGUUGAAAAUGGCGUCCACACAGAUGACAAUGGUCAUCAUUAAUUAAUCAUUCACCCGCUAUAUUUAUUUAUUAAUUAACUAAUUAAUGUCAUUGUCAGCAAUUUAUUCGCGCAUCGUCGUUGGCGUGAACUACACUAUUAUUGAUAAUUGAAAACGUGUAAAGAGCAUUUCAUUGUUUAAUUAUCGUUGCUGCACAAUUUUUGAAUUAUGAUUAUGUUACUAAGUGCAUUUGUCUCUUCAAAUUGAGAAUUUAUUCUCCCCACAAACACAAAUUGUACCUAGGAAAUUGAAUUUGAAUAAUGAACCUCCAUUCGCCAAUAAAGUCCUUUGUCAUGUUUUUAACU